UUUAACACAUUUAGUGCUCACUACUCGGAUCCGAGUUGGGAGGGGGGAUAGUAGCGGUGCCGCGCACUCGGAUCCGAGUGACCGGCCUGUGCAUUUUGUAGUAGUCAGUAAGCCGCCGGCGUUUGAGGUGAGUUUAUGUUGGUUUGCGCGACCGCUCUGAAACAUAUUCAACUUACGAAAACGCGUAUUGGUUUCAUUAUAACAGUGUAAUUGUGACUUUUACACACGAUCGUAUCAAAGCUAUUUUUGCACUAAAAUGGACAAUAAGGCUGGACCGUCUGGAAGUAAAUCUACGAGUAGUUCUAGAAAAAAGCGUCGGCAAAGUGAUGACUAUGAGUCUGACUAUAGUGAUGAGGAUGUGUAUUCUCAAAGAGCUGAUGAAGACUCUUCAAGUUCAGAGGACUCUUCUAGUUGCGGCAGUGAUGAUAGUAUCUUUGAUACUAGACUGAAGCAAAAGACGACCAGCCGUGUACCACCAGCUCAACCUUCAAGGUCAUCUGCCCCAAAGACGACAAGCCAUAUACCACUAGCUCAACCUUCAAGGUCACCUGCCUCAAAGACAGUCAGCUGUGUACCACCACCUCAACCUUCAAGUUCAUCUGCAUCAAAACGUGGUUUAUGUGAGUCAGAUGGAAGGGCUAUCAUUCAAUGUAAGCGAUUAAGACCUUCAUUUAGGGAUGGCCCCACGCGUAAUAAUUCUACUCAAUCGUUGAAGUUACCAGAUCUAAAUAGUUCCUCAGCAUCGAAGUCAGCGCCUCGACUACUGGAAUUUGAUGGAGACGGUAGCUUUGAAUUCAAUUCUGAAAUUGACUGCCGUCCUACAUCGCCGAAUAUCGUACAGGACUAUGGAGAUUUUUUGCCGGAUAUACCAAUUAACCCUACCAGUUCAACACCUAGCGUAUCUCUUCUGAGAUCCGAUGCGAUCACCCCCAACCUUUCGCCAGAACGUGAUGACGUCUCUCCAUCAAUUAUGGCUGUUCGGAGAUCUGGAAGUCGUACUCCAGACUUACCCGAUGAUUUUUAUCUAUCACCCAAUAACUCACCCUCUGGUCAAGGAGCCACUACCACCUGGAGCAGUGAUCCAAGCUCCAUGAAAAGCUUAGAGUUUACUAAGGAACAGGAACUCUUAGUGCCGCCUCCAACUGAUCCUUACGAAGCAUUCCGACUAAUGAUUGAUGACGAGUUGUUAGAUCUUAUAGUUCGCGAGACCAACGCGAACGCAAUAAGAGUCGGUAAUGCACAAAACGUCAAACAAAACUCCAGAAUAAAAUCUUGGAAAGAUUUAACAAAGGAAGAACUGCUGACAUUUUUAGGACUCCUUCUUCACACAGGAACAAUUCGACUAAACCGUUUAAGUGAUUAUUGGAAACGACACUAUUUGUUUAAUAUUCCAUGCUUCGGACAAUUCAUGUCACGAAAUCGUUUUUUACUUAUUUUACGAUGCCUACACUUUACGUCUGUAACCAGUGAAGAAGACCGUCUCAAUAAAAUCCGACCAUUCAUGGAUCAUUUUAACAAUAAAAUGAAAACUAUUUACUGUCCAGGUAAAGAGCUAUCAUUGGAUGAGUCCAUGGUAUUGUGGCGCGGUCGGUUGCUGUUCCGACAAUAUAUAAAAAACAAACGGCAUAAAUAUGGCAUUAAACUCUAUGUUUUAGCAGAACCAGAUGGUACGGUCUUGAAAUUUCAAGUUUACGCCGGUGCUAAUGAUGAGACAUCAGGGCAAGGACAUAGUAGUAAGAUUGUCUUCAAACUACUAGAAGAGAGACUGGACUGUGGCCAUCAUGUAUACAUGGAUAAUUAUUAUAAUUCUUAUGGCCUGGCUGUGAAAUUGCUAGAUCGACAGACAUACUGCACAGGAACGUUAAGAAAAAACAGGAAAGAUAAUCCCGUCGAAAUUGGCUCUGUUUCACUGGAAAAGGGAGAAAACAAAUCCUUGUUCUUGAACGGCGUUCAUGUCGGAAAAUGGAGGGAUAAGCGAUACGUUCUGUAUAUUUCUACAGAACACGGUAGUGAGAUGAUGGAGACUACUUCCAAAAGAGGAUCUAUAGUAGUGAAACCAAUGGCAAUCGUUCAUUACAAUAAUUUUAUGUCGGGUGUUGAUCUUCAAGAUCAGAUGUUGGCAUACUAUCCAGUCCAAAGGAAGACGCUGCGUUGGUACAAGAAGCUGUUUGUGCAUAUGCUGCAAAUGAGCCUUACUAAUGCAUUGCACUUGUACAAUACAUUUUCGGCGAAUGACAAAUUAAAUCUAUAUGAUUUCCGUAUGAAGAUACUGGAGAAGCUUUUACCUGAUCCUAAUGAUGUAAAUCGACGCAAUGUUUUGAAAGUGAAACACGAACUCACAAAAAUAGAAAAGACCCGGACGAGAGUUAAGACAGUAGGAAGAGUCACGAAACAAACUAUCGAAGUGGUCCGAAAAGAAUGCAAAGGUUGCAAAUCACAGAAAAAAAGGGUGCAAACAAUUUAUGAAUGUAAGCAAUGUGAAGGUUCUCCAGGUUUCUGUACAAAAUGUUUCUGCCUAGCACAUUCAUAAUUGUUUUCAUUAAAUUUUAUUGUUUUGUUACCUAUGUGGUUAAAAUUUUCAGAAUAUUUUUUAUUCCUUUGUACCUUUAUGUGAGUGACUCACCUUUAUUCUGUGACAAGUUUUCAAUUAAACUUAUAAUUAUUACGUA